AUUGACUAAUCCCCCCUAAAAGUUACGUGUUCAAGCCGCCAGCUUGUCACAUAUGGUGUUUCGGAUGCGGGCAAAAUAAGGAGCAAUUAAAAAGACAUACACCUGUUUAAAGGGCUGAUGAGCCUAAGAGACUUUACCUUUAAGCCAGUGAUGAAUAUGGCAAAUUGUGCUGCUAAUCCCUAUUCUUCAGCUGUUCAGCAGGAGGCUGUGAGGGCUGUGUUAAAGAAACAGGAACAGCAAGGUGGCGACUGGUGGAUGCAGUUCCACAACGAUUGGGAGAGAGUCCGCACAUCGAGUGUGGUAAAGGCACCGGAAGUGAGAGAAACUUUGCGGAUGGUAAAGGAGACCGCUGCGGCUGGAUGCAAGCCAGGUGAGCGUUCCAAAGUGCUGCAGGAUCUGAGAGAGUGGCAGCAAAAGUUCAGUGUUACGGUUCCGCAACAGCUGCAAAUGUGGGCGGAAGUAAGGCCAGCAGCUGAGUCUGUAGCUGGUGGUGGUGAGUUGCCAGGAGCAAAGGAGGCUCCUACAAAGUCUUCAGUGAAAGAGACUAAUGUUUUCUGUGUACCACAGAGAGAGCUGUACAGACAGGAUGUCUUGGUGUUACAGCAGUGUAAAGUGAGACAGAUGAAGAGGGAUGACCUAAGCCACAUGGAGGAGCCAUGCUGGAGAUGCCACAGAGUUAGUGAGUGUGUCCCGACCUGUCCAGUGUUAAAGCGGCUAGAAGUGAGAGAGACUUCACAAGUGCCAGGAGAGUCUACUGCGUCUGGAUUCAAAGUCCAGUCUGGCAUAUUUGGCGAGAAUUCAUCCCCAGCGGUUCCACACCGGAGGCCCUGCUACAGGAAUGGUGAGACUAUUCUUAAAGGGGUGGUGGAAAGGGAACAGCAGGCUGGUGGGUUGAAAGACUGCGACUCUUUAUUUACAGGCAAGGUCCGGAGAGACAUUGUUCAGGGAACAGACUUUUCCUUAGUUCGGGACUCAUUAAAUAACAAUGAAGUAUUGCAUGUGGGGCAGUUAUACCAGUUGGGUAAUGUUUAUCCUAUGCAAAAUGUGAUGUUUAAUUUUGCUGAAAAAUGUUCAGAGGUGAAUUCUGAAAGUGUGACUGUGGGGAGUGAAUUAACACCCAUAGAGAAAAGUGUAGGGGUGACCCCUAAAUGUAAUGUUCCCCUAGAGCCUGUGAAGGAGGUUGUUUACAGUGGGAAACAUGUGGAAGCAGAAAGUGAGUGUGUGCAACACAAUAUGAGUGAAAAUUGUGUUGGUAAUUCAGAUGGAGGGUAUCUUAAAGGUGAAGUAAACCUUAAGCCCUGCCCCAUGUAUAACGUGCAAGAGUGGGUGUGCAAGUUUGAGGCUGUGUGCAAAACAGAGUGUACAUAUUGUUUUGGCCCAGGUCACAUAACGGAUAAUUGCCCCUUUAAAAAGUGUGACGAUGCAAGGGUGAAACUAAAGGAGGCAUUUGACCUAUACUUUAAAAGUAAAGACUUGCGUGAGAAAAGUGAUUCAGGUGGGGAUUCCCAGACCACCUACAGUGAACCCUUAGAGACAGAGGGUUGUGUUAAACUCGGUGAGUGUAUGUUGAGUGGCAACCAAACUGAGUGUGUUGUUGAAAAAGAUAACAUGGUAACCAAUGGUGGUAAGCCACAUGGUGUGAAUGUAGAGGAAAGUAAAAUUGAUGUUAAACUUCCUCUUAAGGCUCCAGAUUGUGAGAUUCUGGAUACCCCAGAUCCUGUGUGUGACCCCACUCCAGUUCUACAGGCCGUAGAAGGAGUAUUGCAGACAGAAAGUGUCUGUCAGUGGAUGAGUCCAGUAUGAAUACUCAUAAUGCUGCCAAAUGUGAGUUGCUUGCUACCACUGAGCAUAUAACUGAUUGUGUGUCAGUGUGUGUGACACAAAUCUGUGACCAAGAAAGACACCCUACAGUGGGUAAAUGUAAAAGGCAGAGUGUGCAUGAUUGUGAUGCCAAAGCAUGUGUGUCUGACUGGGUUGAUACAAGUCCAGCCAAAGUAUCUUCCCCAGUUAAUAAAAAGCAGGAGUUGUGUGUGACCACUCCCAUAGCCAUACAUGUGUUGAAUCCCUGUGAUAGAGGUAAUAAGGUUGCCUUAAAGGGUUCAUCCAAGAGCGUUAUACCUUCCAUUGGUGGGGGUAUUCUAAGGAAAACUAAGCCUCUCUGUGCAGGUUCAGGCUUAGUGGCAGAAAGUGUAACUGCAUGUGGUGAAAGUGACUCCCAUGGUUCAGGCAUGAUAACCUGGGGGAGUAAAUUGAAAAACAAAGGCAAACGCAUGGUGAUGCCUGAGCGAGGGUCAAGUAUACAAAGCAGCCUAUGUGUGUACACGGUGAUUGAAACACAUGGGAUGAAUAUGUUACAGGCUACAAAGUGCCCAAGUAUACACCCUGGUGGUCAGGGUGGUGAAAGGCAGCUCCCUAGCCCUUUAUCCACACAAAGAGUGGGGAGUAUAGAGCGAGAAAUCCUUUUAAGAGAAAAAGAAUUUCUAUUAGGGUUUCAAUGUGCUCACCCCUACGGGUUGAAGCAGAGAGGGGGGAUAUGUGGUAGAGUGACUAGGAAAAGGUGGAAAAAGGUCACUCUAGCCUUUAA